GUUAUUCUUAAAAUUUAUGUGUUGUUAUAGUAAUCAAGAUCUUGACUAAGCUAUUAGAGUAAUUUAGGAUUUUGUGUCAUUCUGUGUAGUUUGUCAUUUGUUUAUUUCUAUAUAAAUUCUGAUAUUAGAGGCAAAGGAAAUGGCCUAAUAUGUGCAAGAAAUUUAAAAGAUAUAUCAUAUGUUGACUUCUUGCAAUCUCAAAUGUAUAUCUAUAAAUUUUUGUUAAAAAUUUAUAUAGGAUUAGAUUAUAUAAAGGGAUAUAACCAUUUGCUCUAAAACCAAGAAAGAAGAACUAAACUUAUAUUUUCUGAAAAAGAGCUAAAAAUACAAUAAUGUCUACACAAAAAAUUUACCUUGCUUCUUUGCUAUUCUUUAUCUGUCUCGUUUUUCCUCAAUCAACUGCAAUCGUAUGUAACAUCGAAGGCCAUUGUAUAACUGAUGAAGACUGCAUCAACGCAUGCAUAACUGGGGGAGAUCCAUUCUUUUGCGUUAAAUCAGGCACAAGUAAAGGCAAAUGUUGUUGUAUAAAGAAAAAUGGUUUUGUACUAGAAUGAUACAUUCAUAUAUUUGAAUCAUAACCUAUCGUAAGAUUUAAAAUCAAUAAAAAAAUUGAUAUUAAUUUUAGUUUUUCUCAUAUAAGUAUGAUAUAUUUGUUUACCAUCAUCAUAUACAAAAAAGGUUGAAAGAAAAAAAUCAUUGAUUCAUUGUAGUGCAAGAUUAGUCUAACUUGUUAAUCUAUUAAAAGUGUCUACCAC